CUGGUGGGCGUCUGAGGAGAAGUCGCCCCAUGAGGAAGCUCUUCAACUUGGGGAGACGCCUGGGCCAGGCGGUCCUGGGCUCCGUCCACCACGAGUACGCGGGUCCCGGGUCCCACACCAGGGACGCGGAACUGCGGAAGACCCACAGGGCGGCCAUCAAGGGCGAGGCCGCGGAGGCGGACUGCCUGGCGCGCAGGAGCCAGGACGUGGAUGCCCGCGACAGGAAGGACGGGACUGCUCUACAUUUGGCCUGUGCGCAUGGCUGUGUGGAAGUGCUCACUCUCUUGCUGAGCAGAAAAUGCCAGAUUGACAUCUGUGACAGACUGAACAGGACACCUUUAAUGAAGGCUGCACAUUGCCAGGAAGAGACGUGUUCCAUUAUUCUGCUGGAACAUGGUGCCAAUCCAAACAUUAAGGAUGAUGUCUAUGGCAACACUGCUCUUCAUGAUGCUGUGUGUAAUAAGGAGACUUCACUGGCAGGAAAACUGCUUUCCCACCAUGCAAAUAUUGAGGGUGGUAGGUAGUAGGAAGGGGGAGUAAUCUGAUGCAGAGGCAGAGGCUCAUGGAAAACCUCUACUAGGACAGUGCACCUGUGGCUUUGCAGGUUUUAGCCCCCAUGGCUGCUCUCAUGGACUGGGCUAGCGUUG